AUGCGCCGUCGAAAUAGUUCUAGUCGACCUAGUCGAAGCAAAUCAACAUUAUCAACCUAUCCAAAACACGAUUUUGUCGACCCUGAAGAGUCUCGUAUACAUGCUCAUGCUGCAGCAAUGCAUGCUUUUAACAGGGCCCAAGAAAGGAAUUGUACUAGUUCUGGAAACAGGAAUGGACUUUCACGAAGCAAUACGACAAGUCAAGAAAAUCAAUGGUGGUCGAGUCAACAAAAUAGUUCUACGAGUCUUGAUAACCCAGUGCUCAAACGUCAGCAGAGUGUUCGGUUUGCAGGCCCAAAUGCAGUAAAGAGACGCCAAUCAACGGGGAAAAGAACGGAUCCCCCAGUACUGAACCAGAAACUAAGUACUGCUACUUUGAGACCUGUUGUGAUGACCACGAAUACUCCGGUCCCAGCAGCGUAUCGUCCACCAAGCCGUUCUUCUUCAAUUGGCAAAGCUUCACUUGGCAAAUCAGCCAUUCGGGACUACUCUGCUCAUAAUUACGUUACCAACUUGGACUUCGACGAAUAUUAUACACAAGAAAAUGACGUAGCCUCGACACCAUCUUCAUAUCGGCGAAUCAGAAAGUCAAAGUCUAUGUUUAGCCCCUUAUCGGCGCCAACCAACGUCUUCUAUAGCAAUGGCAGCCCUGACCGCACCAAUUGUUCAUCCACUCCGCGGACUCUAGAGAACAAUGCUCCAUUGCGAGCUCCGAAGUCAAUGAGCUUCCUCCGAGGGGGGAGGGAUUACUUCAAAUCUACAUCGUCUUGCGAAAGAAAUGACGAUGCGGUUCAAAUGGCCAGGGAUCGAUUCUUUGUUCAAGCCACUCAACAAAGACUUCGGGAGCAGCCAUCUUUUCUUUUCAGGUCGAAGGCACAACGGCAGGAGAAGCCUUUUCGAAAGUCGGUUCGAAGUAGCAGUGGAAAGUCUGCAGCGACCUAUAAUUCGGCCGAAUCUAUAAAAGAGGGUGGCCUAAGAGCCAAAGCUCGCAAGGUAUCACAAGGAUUAAAGAGCAAGCUCCGGAGAGUAUUUGGCCGCAGCAAGGAAGAGCCCGUCGCUAUUCCCAAUCAACAAGUUGACGCCAUCGAGACUCACGUCCGAGAAUACGGUGGGAAAUUAUCAUCAGAUCAUGAGUCAUUCGAUGAUAUUCCUAGGCCCGAUGAGGCCGCAUUUGCUCAUGUGGCAGCUAGAGUCCCAUCAUUACGUGCUAUUGCUUCGAGUCAGAGACUUAGGUCACAGAGUGGUAGUAUUCGUAGCUUACGAAGUGAUCAUAGUGACGAAAAAUCCAGAGUAACAAGCUGGACAAAUAGUACAGCUAACAAUACUGUCACCAGUCAAGGACUGCGCCCUCAGCCCAGCAGAGAUCAAAGACUUUCUAUCAUCAAUGAAUCAGGUACGCAUAUCUCUAAAGCAACAUUUCAUCGCCCAAAUGUAAAGAAUCAACACCCAGCUUAUCCUGCAUUUCAUCGUCCUGGCCAUGUCCAACCAAUUCGAUCAGGAGGUAUAGAUAGCGCCAGACUUUGCUCUGCUUUGAUGAAGCGUCUCGACGAGAAUAGCCCAGAAGCACUACUCGCAAAGUCAAAAAAAGCUAGUACCGAUACUCUCGGACUUGAGAAAGCACCCAGACGAAGUAGCUCCUUUACCAACCCUCUUUCACAGCCCAAGCCAUGGAUUCGACAGGUCCCCCCUGAUUGUGAUUCAAGCAGUCAGAGCCAAAAUCAACAUCCUGACUUAUACCGUUCGAGCAAUGCUGAUCCAAUACCCACCACAAGCGGCGAAGAAUUAUUUGGUCAGGCAAUUGGCUCCGAGCAUCAAUUUAAUUCUGCAGAUUUACCAUUAUGUAAUACACAAUCUCAAAAUCAAGACGAUGUGUUUUCCUCACACCCAGGAUCUAGUCAUGGUAACUCCUUCCACCAAGUUAACUCAUUUCAUCAAGACAACUCAAUCUAUCAACGUGCUCAUCAGCGUAAUUCGAAGUCUGUACACAGACGUCACUUAUCCGAUAUUGAUGCCGCAUAUGACCCUGUGCAAGACCCUUCAGGGCUUACUCCACAGCAAGUCGCACAGCGGGACGAUCCUAUAGUCCCAAAACCGAAAGUCAUCCGCGAGGCAAGGUCUGCAUUUUUCGGCGGCACGACCUUUGCAAUUGACAGAGCCGGAAAUACAAGUCCGUAUCGUCGUGCUUUGGCGGAAAGCGAUAAUUCUGCUGUUUACAACGAAGCGAGCAUGGCACCAGUAAAUGAUGAUGUUUAUAGCGAGAGUGUUUACUCUAGAAGCAUUGGCCGUAAUCUUUCUGAGGCUAUGAGUAGUGAUACAUCGGUACCACUCGCAAAUGUCCGAAUGCCGUCAUUGCCUGUCGAUAGCUCAACCCCUAAUGGUGGCGGUGGUGGCGGUGCUGUAAUUAUCAAUAGCACAACCUAUCGUCCAACUCAUCCAAGACAACGAGGUGAGAACUCCGGUGGUUCGAUUGAAUGGCAAAAAUGGAUGUCGUCUGAAGUGGCAAAGUUAGAAAGGCCGCCUGGAAAUGAUCGAGUGAGCGCCAGCAACAUCGAACGAUCCCUAUCACCCACGCCUACGAUGUCGAACUCACUUCACAUUGCUCACAGAAGAGAAAAAGCUCAGAUGGCUGAUGAUGAUACGGAUAUCGCUCAGAAGAAACUUCCUGUUGGUAAACAACCGCUUGGUCUCAUUCAACAGAAUCUUAAUGCUCAAGUUCUUCUGAAGCCGAUCCUGAAAAAUCGCUCAACGACAUCUUUGGCUGAGGAUAGUUUCAUCGACAACACAAAUCCAUGUGUCGUUCCUCCUGCACCACCACUUCCGCCCCCACUUCCUCUUAGAUCGACCUUAAGGCCAGCACAAAGCAAGUCGAGCUUGAAAAGUACAUCGAACUCUCAACACGUACAAGCAACUCCAAGUUCCCCUGCUCGUGUCCAUAAUCCAAACACAAAGGCUCUUAACGUCUUGCACAAACGUUUCUCAACUGCAACCCUCAGGAGCGUGCCAGCAACACCCAAUCAUGGUGCAGAAAAACAAAAUCCAAGUACGCGCAAUAUACUCCACAAACGAAACAUUUCGGAUGCCACAAUGAAAAGCAGUAAGAGUAUUAGGAGCGUGAAGAGUUUCGACACAAGUAUAAGUCAAAAUUGUAACUUUACAACUAGUCCUGCGAAAUUGGUCAAGAGGAGUGGGAGACCGGUGUAUAAUUAUACUCCGCAGAGUAGUCCGGGUACGGGUAUUGGGGCGGCGGUAGAGAGACAGUUUGGGAGUGCGAACGGAAGUUUACAUGGAACGGGAAGAUCGAGAGUGAGAGCUGGGGGGAGGGAAAAUGAAAGGGUUGGUGGUGGUGUAGGGGGUGUGGAUGAUGUUUAUGGGGUGGAGGGAAGUGGGGCGGAGCAACAACAGGUUGGUAGUAAACAGAUGGUGGAUACGUUUUUGAGUAGUAGAAGGAAGAGAAUUGCUAGUGUGGGAACGAUUGCGGGAGGAAGUAUGGGGGAGGAUGGGGGUGGUGAGAGUGUUGGUGGAAUGGAUGAUGGUUCGGUGUUUCUUUAG